AUUAGACCAAUUAAGAGAAAGAAAAGAGAGACAAACAAAGAGAGAAUUUGUUUGUAGAAUUAAUUCUCUUAAUUGAUUUGAGUCUCUUUGUCUAUAUUUUGAGUGUGUGUGAAAACUUAAUUAAUUGAUACACAAGAUGUUGAACGAAGCAAGCUUUGCCCAUCUUACUCUUGCAUUUGGUCUUCUUGGCAAUGUGGUAUCAUUCAUGGUGUUUCUUUCCCCUUUGCCAACAUUCUAUAAAAUCUACAAAAAGAAAUCAACAGAAGGGUUCCAAUCAGUGCCUUAUGUCGUGAGCUUAUUUAGCGCGAUGCUUUGGAUAUAUUACGCAUUGCUUAAGGCCAAUGCGAUGCUUCUCAUCACUAUUAACUCCGUUGGCUGCUUCAUUCAAACCUUCUACAUUUGCUUCUACCUCUUUUAUGCGCCAAAAAAAUCCAAGAUGGAAAGCCUGAAGUUAGUCGGAUUGAUAAUAGUGGUUGGUUUCGGAUUGAUUGUUGGCCUAACUCAGUUUCUUGCUCACGGGGCUAACCGUGUUGCAAUAGUUGGAUGGAUUUGCCUUGUGUUCUCCUUGUGUGUUUUUGUUGCCCCCUUAGGUGUCGUGAGACAAGUAAUCAAAACAAAAAGUGUGGAGUACAUGCCCAUUCUGCUAUCAGUCGCCCUCACCAUGAAUGCGGUUACAUGGUUCUUUUACGGUCUACUUCUUCACGAUUUCAACAUUGCGAUUCCAAACGUACUUGGAUUCACCUUUGGGGUUGUCCAAAUCAUCCUUUACUUUGUGUACAAAAACAAAAAGCCGGUUAGUGAUGAAAAGGUGUCGUCAGGAUUAGAAAUUACAAAGAACAUUGAGACCGAAGAAAUAAAAACCCAAGAAAAGAAAGAUCAAGAAAUCAUCGAUGUCGUGAAGCUAAGCACGUUGAUGUGUUCUAUCCCGGUUGUUGCAAAAUUAAACGAAACCAACAAUGUUAUUGAUGAUCGAUUGGUUGUUCAACCUCAUGUGCCUAACCACACCAUUGAAGUCGCGGCAUGAGUUUGAUAUAUAUUAUAUAUAUCGUACGUGUAUCUCAUCAUCCGAAUAGAUACAAGGUUCGAUCAUGUAUGUCUAGCUAAUUAGGUCUCGAUCGUCGUCUUUCAAUCAAUCAUUUAGCUAUAUAAUGAAUCUUGUCCAACUUUAAUUAGGUUGCUAACCUCACUUUCUAUUGUUUCUGUUUCGAAAUGGUUAUUAUCAUAAUAAUAAAUGUAUUUUGAUGUUCAA